GUCCGAUUCAACACCCGCCAUUGAGGUCACGAGUGGGCGCUAAAGCUCACCAUGUAUCCAUCGCAGUGGCCGACUACAUGCCAGGGGCGAAUGAUGCAGGGAUCUCAUACAGUCCUGAGCCAGACUCACCAACGACGUUCUCAUUCUUGAAUCCCAUAGUUAGUAACACCACUCGCUCCGGAGCGGCAUCGACAACUUCGGAAACCCAUAAUCAACCGACCACGGCCAACCAGCCGGGCUUCACGGCUGAAAAUCAAAGCGGCCACCAAUCAUCCACCCUACCCGUAGUCUACUAUCCUUAUCCGUACAUAUCAUCCGGUUCACCAUCAGAUAAGCCAAAGCGCACGCAGGUCAAAAAUGCGUGUACUAAUUGCCAGAAGGCGUGCAAGAAAUGUGACGAACAAAGGCCAUGUGGUCGCUGCGUACGGUAUGGUCUAACCGACUGCACGGAUUCUGAGCGAAAAAAGAGGGUCACGGGCGCGAAGCGGGGACCUUAUCGCAGGCGUGAACGUGUGGUGGCUCCGCCAGAACAUGCAACUGGAGAGGCGGGACUUUCGGAUUCUGCGACUACAGCCGCUGGCACAGGAUCGUCUACCAGUAUCGACACAUCUCAACAAAACCAUACUGCUGUCUUCCCAUUUCCUAUGUUUUUUUCCCCUGCUAAUGGCACCCAGGCCGUCCAAGCCGGGCUUUUCGCUGUAUAUGGAUACUCCACCAACGGCAUUCCUCUUGGUCCAGAUGGGCAACCGAUACAAUUUGGCACAACUUAUCCGGUCCCAAUCGGUUAUAUUCCAGCCACGAUCUCUGUCCCCCCCAAUCCUGCCACGCAAAGUGAACAUGAAACCCCUAGCAGUUCCCAAGCAGCUACGCCUCAGGGCAACGGAAAUGGGGAAGAUUUGAACGAGCGGGAAACCUGCUCAACUGUGGACGUCUCAGAUGCUAAUGAAGGAACUCAUGGGACAAAUGGAGGAAACCAAACACCAAAUGGAGAGGCUCUAUCACACCCUUCCCAGCUGGCCGUCGGAUACUCCGAUCAGGACUCGUCGUUCAGUCCAUCUUUCCCCAUUACUUCCUUCGGUAGCUUAUCGCCCUUAGCCAGUACACCGUCUUUUCACGCUUCACAACACAACACUCAACACACUCCAACCAAUUCACCCUCGACGCGAAAACGUAAGAUUGCUGAAGAGGUUUCUGCCGUCAUUUACCACGAUUCUUCACGAGAAGACCAGCCCCAUCCAAGGAAAAAGGGGACCAAGGCUGAUCCGGGGAGUUUCCAACUAUCUGGCGAUCUGAGAAUGCCUCUGUCACGAUCCGUGGCGUUACCACCUUCAGAAUUGCCGUGAUUCGCGUUGGCUGUUCCGGGAUUUGGGAGGGGAUAAUGACGGGCGUCGCGUCAUCGAUUAAUCUUAUACUGAUACUUAGUCCUAUACUUAUUACGCUUGGUCCGCAUAAUUACAAAGAGCAUUUUCAUUUUCA